UUCUACAGAUCAAAGUAACCCAUCAUAAUGUUGACAUUACUUCUAGUUUCUCUUGUCGCAUCUGUUUCGGCAUAUGGCAAAGGAGGUCCAUUAUUAGGAGGACUUGUUAGUGGUGGAGUUGUUACUGGUGGUCCACUCCUUGGUGGCGGUGGAAUUAUUGGUGGAUCUGCAGGAAUUGUCAAUGGUGGUGGACUUCUGCUUAACAAUGGUGGAUUAGGAGGACUAGGAGGACUAGGUGGAUUAGGAGGAUUGAUCGGUGGAUUAAACACAGGACUUGUCGGUGGAGGUCAACCAUGGUGCACAUGCAGUUUGAAAUGUGCACCAGGACAGAUUAAACUCAACAAGAACUGUAACUUGACACCUCUCCUUCCUGGUAGUUUGAAUACUUGUUGUUCCUUAUUGCCAUGGUGGGUAACCAACCAAAAUUACGGUGCCUCCCUUGGAGGUGCUGGUAUUAUUGGUGCUGGAGAUAUUAUUGGUGGUGGAGGUAUCAUCGGUGGUGUCAGUAGUCUUGUUGGAGGUGGUAGUGGACUUCUUGGUCCAAUCGGUGGUAUUGGAGGUCCAAUUGGGGGUGUUGUUACAGGACAAGUCAGUGUAGUUAGUGGAGGCAGCAGUGUUGUCGGUGGAUACGGAUCAACUGGUAAAGGAUACUAUUAAAUAUGCAAAAGGUCAUACGAAAAGGACAGGUUAUUGAAUGCCUGAAAACUGUAAAUGUAUAGAAUAAAUAUUUUUCACAUUAA